CCUAUGGGUGGGAGAGAAGUCCCCUUUCUCUCUCUGACAUUCCACCUCUGCAAAAAAAAGUAAAAUAAAACAAAGAAAUUUCUUUUUCUUUACUCGUUUUCAUCUUCUAUUUUUUAUUGAAUACGCAUUUAUUUUCAAUUGCUAUUUGUUUUAAAAUUCCCUUAUUAGCCCUACCCUUUUCAUAAAACCGCUCUUGUUUUUAUCUUCUUCCUACCCUCCUGCUUAUAUAUACACACAAACCAAAAGAUGGAUUUUUUCUGUGUAUAUACAUGUACCUGAAAUAUCUCAAUCUCUAUCUUUCUGUUUAGGAGUCAGAGAACAUAUCACCUUGUUACCUUCUUUCAUGGCUGGUUUUUGAGAUAAUUUACUAAAAUUCAGUGUUUCGCUUGAUUUGGGUAUAUAAAGAUGCCUGGCAUUGUUACAGAUGGAAUUAAUGGGGAAGCUGUAGUUAAUGAUCAUGAAACGAAUGGAAAUUUUGUGUCCAUUAAAGAAAAUCCAGUGUCGAAUAAGUCCCCUAGUAGUACAUUGAGUCGACAAAGUCCACGCAGCACAGCCGUAGAUCUUCCUGCUGGUGGGAUGCCUGUUGGUGAUGUAGUAAAUGAUAAGGUGGCUGUCCACGGUGUGGUUGACACCUCGAUUGAGCAGCUUUAUGAGAAUGUGUGUGAUAUGCAGAGUUCUGAUCUCUCACCCUCGAGGCAUAGUUUUGGAUCUGAUGGUGAAGAGUCUAGGAUUGAUUCGGAGUUGCGUCAUCUUGUUGGAGGGGAGAUGAGGGAGGUUGAGAUAAUGGAAGAGGAAGAGGUAGAUAAGCCAGAGGAUGACAACCAUAGUAAUACCUCAUCUAUGAAGGGCGGUUCAUCUGAGAGUAAGAAGUCCGGGAAAUUGGACAAGAAUGCAAGCACGAAAUCCUUUUCUUCAGGCACCUCAAAAAAAGGUUCUCAGUUAGCAUUGGAAUCUGAAGCAUCAUCAAAGAUGAGCCCCAAUAGCAAAAGUCCUCCAGAGAAACCACCUAUUGAUAAACGAAAUGAUAAGAAUUUGAAACAGGCAAAUGGAGGAGUUAGAACAAUGAAGAAACGGAGGAAUUCUCCAUUGGGAGGAUCCAAGUUACAGAAUGGAACUGAGGAUGAAUCAGGGUUGGACAAUCCUGAUCUUGGACGAUUUUUGCUGAAGCAAGCAAGGGAUUUGAUUUCUUCAGGGGAUAAUCCACAGAAGGCUCUUGAAUUAGCUCUUCGAGCAGCCAAGUCAUUUGAAAUUUGUGCAAAUGGGAAACCCAGUUUAGAAUUGGUGAUGAGCUUGCAUGUUGUGGCUGCAAUAUACUGCAGCACAGGCCAGUAUAAUGAGGCGAUCCCUGUCCUUGAGCAAUCUAUUGAGAUUCCGCUGAUUGAAGAAGGACAAGAACACGCCCUUGCUAAGUUUGCUGGCUAUAUGCAGCUGGGAGAUACUUAUGCAAUGCUGGGCCAACUUGAGAAUUCAACGAAGUGCUAUUCAACAGGGUUAGAAGUCCAGAAACAAGUUCUGGGAGAAACUGACCCUAGAGUUGGCGAGACCUCUAGGUAUUUGGCUGAAGCCCAUGUUCAAGCAUUGCAGUUUGAUGAAGCUCAGAGGCUUUGUCAGAUGGCUUUAGACAUUCACAGAGAGAACGGGGCACCUGCUUCUCUUGAAGAGGCAGCAGAUCGGAGGCUCAUGGGUCUCAUAUGUGAAACAAAAGGAGAUCAUGAAGCUGCUCUUGAGCAUCUUGUUUUAGCCAGCAUGGCAAUGGUGGCAAAUGGCCAGGAACCUGAGGUUGCCUCUGUUGAUUGUAGCAUUGGAGACACUUACUUAUCUUUGUCCAGAUAUGAUGAGGCUGUUUUUGCUUAUCAAAAAGCUCUCACAGCUUUUAAGACCACAAAAGGAGAGAACCAUCCAGCUGUUGGUCAAGUAUUUGUACGCUUGGCUGAUUUGUAUAACAAAACUGGGAAAUUUAGGGAAUCUAAAUCAUAUUGUGAGAAUGCCCUUCGGAUCUAUGAAAAGCCUAUUCCUGGGAUCCCUCCAGAGGAGAUUGCAAGUGGUCUUACUGAUGUUUCUGCUAUCUAUGAAUCAAUGGGUGAACUUGAGCAGGCAAUCAAGUUGCUGCAGAAGGCAUUGAAAAUAUAUGAUAAUGCCCCCGGUCAGCAGAGCACAAUUGCUGGAAUUGAAGCCCAAAUGGGGGUGAUGUAUUACAUGCUGGGGAAUUACUCGGAAUCUUAUAACUCCUUCAAAAAUGCAAUUUCUAAGCUCCGUGCAAGUGGAGAGAGGAAAUCUACUUUCUUUGGCAUUGCGCUUAACCAAAUGGGUCUUGCUUGUGUGCAGCGUUUCUCUAUAAAUGAGGCUGCUGAAUUGUUUGAAGAAGCUAAGAUUAUUUUGGAACAAGAGUGUGGACCAUAUCAUCCUGACACUCUUGGGGUGUAUAGUAAUCUUGCUGGUACUUAUGAUGCAAUGGGCAGGUUGGAUGAUGCAAUUGAGAUCUUGGAGCAUGUUGUUGGGAUGAGGGAGGAAAAACUUGGGACAGCAAAUCCAGAUGUUGAUGAUGAGAAGAAAAGGUUGGCUGAGUUGUUGAAAGAAGCAGGCAGAGUAAGAAGCAGAAAAGCUCGGUCACUUGAGAAACUCCUUGAUUCAAACCCUCAUAGCGUAAACACAGACGGUAUUGCAGUAUCGUAAGGAAUAAGGAUACUUUAUACAUAUAUAUUUAAACUGAAUAUAAUGUAUUAUUGAACUUAAUUUAAGACGAAUGAAAAGAGAAAGAAUAGAUGAAUGAAGUUCCACUGUUUUGGUUAGAUUCUUAUUUUGGGUGAAGGUUGUGGGGGAGGUGAGCAAAAUAACUGCAGCUGCAGAUUUGGUUGUAUUAUUAAUCCCAUUCUUAUAUUUUUAUCAAAAGGCUAUUAUAUUUUGUAUCACACUGGUUUAAUUAUUUAUUAGUGUAAAUCCUUAGUUGUAUA